UCAAACAAUGAAGAAUAGAUGAAGACAGGCCAUUUUGGAAGUAUUACUUCAUCGGUGUAAAUUGGUUAGAGGUUAAAAGAAUACAGAAAGGGGUGACUGUGAUGUCUUUAUACCAUUUGUCGUUCACAUAUUUUUGUGCAUUUAUUUCAUUUAUACAAGGCAUGGAUUCGUAUCGUAAGCAGUUACGCGUUUUCAUUUAUUAGUGAGACACAGAUCAUGCUUACCUGUGAUUGUAAAUCAGGGAUAAGAUUAAGAUUAAGAUUGCCUUUAUUAGGAUACCAGUAUAUUUCAAGCUAGUUAUUUUAUGUGACAUGUAAAAAUACUUACAUUUUAAGGUGAAUCGUAAAACUGAUAAACAACAGCUGAGGAUAAGACAUAUUCAGAAAUUGCCCGCAUAAGCUGCUUGAAGUCUGUCUUUAACUGAGUGACAGAUUCUGUUUGCCUUUGCAAAAACCUCAAAAGGAAGCAGUUUGAGUGUUCUUCUGGAGAGCGGAAAUGUGGGCCCAGGUUCUUACAGCACCGAGAAGAAAAAGUCUUUUAAAUCAGAAAACAACAGUGAUGCAUUAUGUUACAUUGAAUAAGGGGUGACUGGCAGUGGUGGAUUCAGGCCGUUUAAAGGGCAGGGGCAAAAAAAAUCAAAAAGGGCACCUUUUGCAUGAUGUUUGCCCCUCUCUCGCCCCUACUAGUAGAAUGAUACCCUCUUUUUGGUGAAGUAGUCUUCAGUCCUGUUUAAGAUUAUUCAACCAAUGUUUUGAGGCAAUGUAGAUUUUCUUAUACAUACAGUACAGGCCAAAAGUUUGGACACACCUUCUCAUUCAAUGUGUUGUCUUUAUUUUCAUGACCAUUUACAUUGGUAGAUUCUCACUGAAGGCAUCAAAACUAUGAAUGAACACAUGUGGAGUUAUGUACUUAACAAAAAAAGGUGACAUAACUGAAAACAUGUUUUAUAUUCUAGUUUCUUCAAAAUAGCCACCCUUUGCUCUGAUUACUGCUUUGCACACUUGCUAAACACCUCUUCAAGACUGUUGGAAAACCAUUUCAGGUGACUACUUCUUGAAGCUCAUUGAGAGAAUGCCAAGAGUGUGCAGUAAUAAAAGUAAUGCAGUAAUAAAAGUAAUAAUAAGCAAAUUACCCACUUUUUGCAGUUUAGAUUAAUUUACUUUAGGCUUUACUUAAUUCAUGUGACCCGUAAGCAAAGUUUACUUUCAUUUACUUUACUUGCAAGUACGAGUAUAAAUACAGUUUCAACUUUUAAUGCAAGACUGAUUUCCUUAAUAGGUGCAUACAUUCAUUUAUAUUAGUUAAAAUAAACACAUUCAGUAUUUCUUAUGAUGAUGGAAAUCUGCACUGUUGUGCUCCUAAAACUGGAGGAAGAAUACAUGUAGAGGGUCACAGAAUGUGUCAAAAAUGAAAGAAUCUCUUACAGUACCAGUAGAAAGUCUGACCACUGAAAAUCAUUUGGUUUUCAAUAAGAUAAUGACCCGCAGCACGCAUGAAGGUUAUGUAUGUACUGUAUUGUCUUGUGAAAAAGGAAAGAGAUGGAGUGCUGUGACGGAUGGCCCCCAUAAUGCCCUGACCUGCACAAUGUAGAGCUGGUUUGGCCUGAGUUGGAUCGAGGAGUAAGAGCAAGGAGGCCAGCUUCUGCACAGAACUAGUGAAAACACCUUCGGGACUGUAGGAGAAGCUUUGCAGGUGGCUACAUCUGGGGAAGAAUGCUGAGAGUCUGCAGUGCUGUCUGCACUGAAGAGGCAAAAAUUUUAAAUAGCUUAAAAUUUGAGAAAACUUUGAGAUACUGAACACUUUUCUUGGUUAUUUUAUUACUGAUGUGCAUUACUGCAUUACCACAAGGAAUGUGCUAUAAGGUGAAAAGCACAGCUAUAAAAGAGACAAAUGCUUUAAAAGCAGGUGUGUCCAGACUUCUGACUCGUAUUGCAUAUCUACAUACGCAAGUCAACUCUAUUGAAGACCCAUCAUGAGUGACCUUAAUCUGUUGGCCGCGUCAGCCUGAGAAGAGCUGCAGGUGCUUCCUGCCAUUUCCAUGGAUUCCCCCUAAGUCUGCUCACCCACGCUAUUAACGAGCAGAAACUGCUACGGGACAACAGUUUGCCUAAAGAUGAGACUUUUCUACUAAAUGUGAUGAAUGCUUUCCCACCAUCCGAUUGCCACGCAACGUGGUGUGGAGGGCAAUCACAAGGGAGAGUCUGACAAUUGACUGCAAUGUCAUGGCCUGCAGGCAAAAUAUCAGUGUUAUAUGGUGCAAACUUGACUUGUCAAAUAUGUGCAGAACCAUAAACGAGCCAGAUCGAAUCCAGUGGAAUGCCUCCUACAGCAAUGCAAAGGAAUGGGUGUCAGGCCUCCAUUUUACCAGCACACUGGUAAAUGAUUCCGGAAAUUACAGAUGUAAAACUGUAGGCGAGUUUGACUCUAUAAGCCAUUCUAUUAAUGUAAUUGUCACAGAUGCUCCUGUAGAGGUUUCAACAAGAAGACCUCAAAACAAAAAUUCAACAAUAAUACUCAGAAACAAAGACUGGCUCCUCUAUGUCUAUAUAUCUGUCGGCAUAGUGAUCUUCACCUUCCUGGUCAUGGGAAUUUCAUGUUUCAUUGUGCAAAGACGUCAGGGAUCAAAGCAGUCAGCAACAGUCCUAAUACCCCAGUAUCAGCAUGAGGAAGGGGAAUCCUGUAAAGUGGCACCCCAGCCUGAAGUCCCUCCCCGAAUGAACAGUCUGCGCACACAUUCCACCCCCACCUCAGAGGUCCCUGUUUAUGACAUCCCGACUAACAGGAGAAUGUCCCAGAAAAGGAACACUAAGGCCUCAGUCCGACGCCCUCUUGCCAGGACCUGCACGCCCGAUAAGGCCUCGGUUGGACUAUGUAACAACGAGAGUGCCGGAGAAACACCAGAGUUGAAUCAUGUUGUUUAUGCCACUCUCAAUCACCAGCCUGCCCAACAGGACCCUGACCCUGUGCGGACCUCCCGCUCUCUUUUUGAGACAUGUGAAUAUGCCCCCAUUCGUGUCCACUAAACCCUGCAUAGGUCUGGAUGUGUGCAGGUGUUGUUCUUGCUCCUGAUUGGUCAGCAUUACUGGGUUGCUUCAAAGGAAUCCAAAGUUUGCUGGAACUGAAUGUAUUCUUCUGGAAAAAAAAAUAAUGUUGGUGUUAAUAUUAAAGUAGUUACUGAGGGGAAAAAAACAAACAAUUUUCAAAAUUCUAGUUUCCUUGUUUCCUUUUCAAUAUACUUAUUGUCAAUUGUCUGAAAUGCUGUGCUCCAAGAAAAAGAAGUAGUAAAAUAGGCAGCUAAAAUGAGUUAAUCUAAUCCAGACUUCAGUUCCAGUUAUGGGGGUGGAAGGGUGACAGAUAUGAGAUAAACCUCUGCAAAUGAUGUUCCCCUUAUUACCAUCAAGGUGAGAUGAUUUUCAUUCAAGGAAUACAUGCUAAAGUGAGCUUGUGAAUUUGGAAGUAAGACCUGGGCUGGAGGAAUGGUGAAAACACAUAGGAACUGGAAGAGAAAAUAGGGACUGACAUUGGGUGCCGGGGUUUAACAAAACGGGCUCAGAUGUCAAGGUCUGAGUGCGAACGCUGGGGCAGGAAGAGAGAAAAAAAAAACAAUUCGGUUAACAAGGCAGAGGUGAGCUAAAGAUAGGCAGAGGUGAAGUAAAUAACUAAGCGUGUUACCAGACUGUAUCCUGCCCUGGUAUAGUACGUCCUUUUUCAUUUUUAUAGAAUGUAAAUAGCGAUUUGGAUGUGUGGUAGUGGAGGGUUUUUCUGAUUUUUGUCUCAUUUUUUUUCCAGACCUUACCGAUUCUUUUUCAGUUGAUGUUCCUUAUAGAAAAUGUCAGAUGUACACUGCCUUAAUUAAUAUGCACCUGGUACCUUCAGAUCAUUACCUGGCAGCUCAAAUUAUUCUUCAGGUGGUUUUGUACGUGUGUCAGAAACACACAUGCUCACAGCCGACGCAGCAGUCUUAAUACGCAUUGACUCCUGAGCAGUGUUUCAGGUGAGAUGUGAAGAGGUGGAUGAGCAAGAGAGUCGGGCAGGGUCCCGUUUUGUCAACUGAAGGUGCCUACAAGCCCUUCGUUUCUGAUAAAUCCUGCUUCAAGGGCAGCACAGAGUGGUACGUGGGUUGAUACAUUUUUUUUUCUGAAUUUGCAGAAUUGUGGUCAGUUGCACAGUGUUCAGCUGAGGUGCAGAAAAUAGAGAAACUGCUGUAAAAUAAUUCAAAUCGCAGCAUAUCAUGCGUGUUGCAUGGAAUUACAAGCCACCGCCUGCAUUGUUUGUGAAUGUUUUACUAAUGUUAUUUCACAUUGUAUAUUCAUAUUGUAUGCUUAAUUCAAGAAAUACGGAAUAAUCCAACUAGAUAGGCUAAAGAGGUUUACUCGAUGCCUGCUGUAUGUUAUUUGGAAGUUUUGAAUAGUAGGUUGUAGAGGCAUGAGUUCUGAUCAAGUGAGUAAUAUUUUCAUCAUCUACGAGCUUCCAAUUGCCCGAUAUGUAUUUGUCUGGCCUGGUUAUUAAUCUCAGUCAAAGUACUAUCACAGCUACAAAGCGACUUUUAGGUUUUUAUGGGAAUGUUGGAUCUUAUAAUGUUCCUUAUGUUUUUCUAUUGAAUCAUCGUAAAUUAAAGAAUGUACACUAUAUAGUCCGAAAAUAGGAACAUGUGCUCUUUUCACAUAUCUGCAUAACUAUGUCGUCCAUCUUAGGAGUUAUCGUUUGCAGAAGACAAGCCUGGUUAAUUUCAGUAGUCAAAUUUAAAGUGUACCUAUUAAAACCUGCUUUUAAUGAGUUAUUUCCUCAACCAGCAAUCAACAGCAUGGCAAACUCUAAUGGACAUUGUGAUCAAAAUGCAUUUUUUAUAAGGAUCGUCUCUCUCACACAUCUGGUGUAACACUCACACUUUCAGACGCUCACAAGAGAAAUCUUACAGCAAAUUUAUAUUAUUCAGUUUUAAAAUUAGCUGUAUCAAAAGCGUUUGGGGUAAUUUGCAAACCCCACAUACUGAUUACAAGGCAAUACAACUAUUACAUGCAUGAAAGUAUGUGUGCAGUUUCAAGUCGAAAAUCUCAGGCCAGCCCGUUCAUCAAAGUUGAUGAAACUUUUUACCACAGACAUGGCAUUUAAAAAUGUCGCCUUCAUAGCUUUUUACCACGGACACAGACAGCUUUGCCACGGGCACAUUUGUGCAUGUAAGGACAGGUUGACGAUCCCUGCCUACCCUCAACCUUUUCUGCUUUGUAAAAUUUUUUUAUAUACCUCCAAUGCAUUAACAACCUAAUGACCUUCAUGAUUAAUGCAAACAUUUCACUUCACAGGGUGCACUUGAAUUCUGUCAUUCAAUCAAUAACUUCACCUUCAUAGCUGUGGAAGGUCAUAGAUUGCAUCUGUACCUAUUAUUUUAUGUUGACAAAUCGGCUAAUGUGACUCAAGUAGCCUGAUUCCAUCUCAUAAGUGAUUUUGUGGUAUUUUGUGGUAAUGAAGCGGGUGGCUAGAUUCAUGUAAAAAUUCCAAGUUGUAGACUGUAGACCAAUCUAAUGCGUCUCACAUCAGUGUGAGCUUUGAUACUUCAGUUCCACAUAAAAACUCUCAAGAUCAUUAAA